AUGAAUGAGAAAAAUGAUAGUGAACUCCCAAGCAGUGAUCAUGACAAUGACAUUCAGGCGGUAGGAGGAGCAGGUCCAGAUGGGAGUGGCAAGAUGAAGGGAAUUCAGCAAGUUGGAGAUUCUGUGGAUGGGUCGAUGGAUGGAGUGAACCCUGCCUCUUCAGGCGAUUCAAAGGAGAUGGACAAUUCGGGGCACGUGAGUACGGAUGGUCAAAGCGAGUUGAACGAAGGCCCAGUAAAAUCGUCUUCCUUUUUUGCAAGGUGUUUGAGUAAAAUAGGAAAUUUCGGCAGUGCACCUUAUGAGGAGGGGAAAACAGAUGGCAACGCUGAUGGUAACGCUGAUGGUAACGCUGAUGGCAACGUUGAUGGUAACGUUGAUGGUAACGCUGAUGGUAACGUUGAUGGUAACGCUGAUGGUAACGCUGAUUGUAACGAUGAUGGCAAUGCUAAUGGUAGCGCGCAGAGCGGUAGUGAAUUGGGGUUGUUGUCGAAAGGUGCGAGCAGCGAGUUCCAGGCUCAGGGAAUGGACACCGUACCAGAGAGCGCUGAGUUGGAGUUAGCAAUCACCUCCAUAAAAGCAUUUAAUAAAGGAAAAGGUGAAAUAAAAGUAAGUAGAGGAGAAAUCUACUUGAGUGAGAAGGAAUUUGCUCUGAUAUCAUACGUCCUUUCAGGCAGUGGUUUUAGAUUCUCCCUUAUAGAUGAUCCCAAGAAGAAAAAAAAGAGGGAGUUGUUAAGGCUGGAUGAACUUUUACAGGAGGCGAAGAGGUGGAAGGGUGAGGGACUUAGCUCUACCCUGAAAAGAGAAGGAAUCCACGAGAGAAGACAGGGGGGAAACCAGAGCUAUGUGGAAAAUAGUGAAGAUCCAAAUGGGGUAUGUCGCUACGAUGUAGACGAUGACAACAACCAAGACGAAGCAAAGUUCGUAACACGUUCAGGUGCAGGAGUAGGAGUACACUGUGAUAGGAGUGAAGUCACUAAAGGUGAAGAAUCUCCCACAGCAGGUGAGAUACAAAGGAGACCGAAGGAAGGUUACACCCAUCUCGACUCACCAAGCGAAAAAGCAAAUAAAACAAAUAAUGAUAUAAAGAACGAACUGAUAAAUGGAGAUGAUAAUAAAGAAAGGGUACAGUUAUGUGAAGAAGUUUUUACCCUUCUAAAAAAUAACUUUCAUGAUCAAAUAAUAAACAUAGAAAAUAAUUUUAAAAAUUUAAACAAUAAAAUUGAUGAAAGUAAUUGCUUUUAUUUCCAGUGUAUUUUGAAUAAGUUAAAGGAUGGAAAAUACGAGAAUAUGCUUUUCAUUUAUAACGACAUAUAUCUCUACGUGAAUAACUUAUUGUACCUUUCCAAACCGUCCAGCUUCAUUUGGAUGAAGGUACACGAAAUGUCUACCCAAAUUACUACCUGUAUUUCUGAGCUUCAACAGAGGAAGGAUAAAAAGAGCAACUCCUGUUUCCAGGGUGCACAGGGCACGUUACAAGAACACAUUGAUAAGGAACAUGUUGAGAAGGAGAAGACCUCCCACCAUGCCCCUGGAGAUACGAUUGAGCAGUCCAUCGACGAGGAGGAGAAGCUAGCCUUCCAGGUUCUCCUGGGAAAGUUACACCAAGACAUACACUUCGAGUUGUUCCGGAAAUUCAAAAACAAAGCUGUGUGGAAAACUCUCGACAACGGCGAGAUCGAACUGGACGACAAGCUCACCAAGGCCGACGUGUUCAGAGAAAUGUACAACUGGUGCAAAGCGCAACUGGAGUUGAAAAGCAAGCGUAGUGAUGUGUCAGAAUCAGAGAGCGAUUCUUCGAAGGAUUCAUAUUAG